AGCAUUAUGCUUAAAGUUUCACACAUGCAUUAGAAAUGCCAGUUGCAGCUGAUAAUUCCAGGCUCUUAAGUUAUGAAGACGCCUUGAAUUCAAUCGAUUAUAUUGGCAAAGAAGAGCAAAAAAUAAAAAAUAACGAUUCCGAUCACCCUAAAAAUGAAAUCGAUAAAAAAUUUAUUAUAACUACUGUAAGUCAAAGUUUGCUAGACAAUUAUUAUCUUUCUAAAAAUUUAAAUAAUGAGGCUAUAGAGAAGAAAAAUAUAUCAGGACGAAAACUAAUACUUUAUGAUAAUAUUGAAUAUUCAAAUCCCCAUAACUAUUUAAAAGGGUGUAAAUGGGCUCCAGACGGAUCAUGCAUAGUUACCAACUGUGAGGAAAGGGAAUUAAACAUUUACAAUUUGCCUUCAGAAAUUUGGGAUGGGAAUUAUUCAUCCAAACAAAUUGUAAAUAACUGUAUUUUUUAUGGAAUAAAAAUUAUUCCAAUUUUACAUAAAAUUUAGGCAUCAGUGAUAAAAAUUAAAGAAGUUGAUGCAAUAUUUGACUAUUGUUGGAAUCCAUUAAUGAAUUCCUGGGAUCAGCAAACUUGCUUUAUUGCCUCAACAUGUAGAGAUAGUCCUAUUCAUUUAUGGGAUGCUAAUACUGGAUCUUUACUCAAUACUUACAAAGCUUAUUCACAAAAUGAGGAAUUGUUGACAUGCUGCAGCUUAGCCUUUAAUAGUUAUGGAACUAAGUUAUUUGCUGGUUACAAUAAGCAUAUUAGAAUAUUUGAUACACACAAUCCAUUCAGCAAAUAUGAAACUAUAAAAACCCAUAACAAAUUAUAUGCUUCAAAAGGCCAGCAUGGUUUGAUCUCUUGUUUUGCUAUGAGUCCUUUUCACCCUAACCUCUUUGCAGUAGGCUCCUACACUAGCUCAAUUGGCAUAUACGCUAGACCCGAUAAUUCGUUAGUUUCUUUAUUACACGGAGCUCAAGGUGGUAUUACUCAUCUCAUAUUUUCCAAAGAUGGUUCAAAAUUAUAUUCUGGGGGCAGGAAAGAUCCUUGCAUAACUUGCUGGGAUUUGAGAAAUAUGGGAAAAGUGUGUCAAACCUAUUGCCGACCCGUAAAUAACAACCAACGAGUUUAUUUUGAUAUAGACAGCCAACUCAAAUAUCUGGUUAGUGGUCUUAUGAACGGACACGUUAAAUUUUGGGAUAUAUCACCCGGAAGUGAAAAAAAGGAAGAUAUUUUGUUAGAUUUCAAGGCACAUACGGAUUGCGUUAACGGUGUCAGUAUCCACCCCUCGUUAGCUCUACUAGCCACAUCAAGCGGUAGAAGGCACAUAUCAUGUCAAUCUCUCACGCGAAAAUCGAAACCUUUAAAUAAUAAGGAUGAAUUAUUAAAUUCAUCCAACGAUUCAACAGAUACCGACGACACAUUAUCAGAAAUGGAAGAUGGUGCAAUAGAUUUCAACUUUAUCGAAGAUGAGAAUAGAAAUUGUUUUAAAAUUUGGAAUGUUUCUUUGCUCAAUUCGGAUAAUGAAUAGUCUAAUAUAUUAUACCUUCUAUUGUACACAUAACGUAGUAUUAUAUUACGGCUGAUAUUUUGUA